ACAGUCUGCGGUCGAGUUUGAGUAGUUGAUCGUAAAAGUUUGCGUCUGUCUUACUGUGGGAACAUUUGAACGCAAAACCGCUGACCACCUUCAAUAAGAAACCAAAGAAAAUGCAGCAGGACGCGGAUUCUCAGCGUCAGGGUUGGUGAAGUGUUGGACAAACGGUUGGAAUUGAUGACCGUGUUUUCCCAACGUGUUUGUGUUUGGAAAUUGCUUUUCAUCAGAGGACUCGACAGAUCGUCCCACGAGGAUGACAAGACAGCAGACCCUCACCUUGAUAUCCAUGGCAUCUGUCAACUUCAGCUCCAUGAUCUGCUACUCCAUACUAGGUCCUUUCUUCCCCAUUGAGAAAAGAAAGGAGCGUCCCAGAUGGUGGUGGGCAUCAUAUUUGGCUGCUACGCCGUAUCCAACCUGAUUGGCUCGCUGAUCCUGGGCCGAUAUAUUGUUCAAAUUGGCGCCAAGAUGAUGCUCAUCAUGGGACUCUUUCUGUCGUCGGGCUGCACCAUUCUCUUCGGGCUACUGGACAGAGUUCCCGCGGGCCCCGCUUUCAUCGCUCUGUGCAUCAUUGUGAGGUCUGUGGACGCCGUGGGCUUCGCGGCCGCCAUGACCUCUUCCUUUGCCCUCUCAGCUAAAGUCUUCCCCAACAAUGUGGCGACUGUUUUGGGAAGUCUGGAGGUUUUCACAGGACUGGGCCUCAUCUUGGGGCCACCGGUCGGAGGGUGGUUCUACCAGUCGUUCGGCUACGAGGUUCCCUUCAUGCUGCUCGGAUGUUUCCUGUUGGUCAUGGUGCCGCUCAACAUCUACAUCCUGCCCUCCAUCGAUGCCGUUUCCUCAAAGGCCUCUUUCUUCCAGCUUCUAAAAAAUGUGAAAAUCGUGCUGCUCUGCUAUGUCAUCUUCACCCUGAGCUCAGGUCUGGGCUUCCUGGAUGCCACAUUGUCACUGUACGCUGUGGACCAGUUCCAUCUGUCCGCCGGCUACGUGGGUCUCAUCAUGCUGGGUCUGUCAUUUCCGUACUGUCUGGGAUCGCCACUGAUGGGAAUCUUCACGGAUAAAUAUCCUGUGAGUGUCCAAGCGACUGCGACAUUUUCAAAAAAUCCUUCACCUUCUUGCCACACUUUAGGCCUCCAGGAGAUGGUUCAUGGUGAUCGGAGGCGUCGCCACGGCUGUCGGGUUCCUGUUGCUGGGGCCCGUCCCGUUCCUUUACAUCCCAAAGCAUCUGUGGCUGCUGGUCCUCAUGUUGGGGAUAAUCGGGUUUUCCCUGGCUAUGACCGCCAUCCCCAUAUUCCCAGAGGUCAUCACGUGCGCAUACGAGAAAGGAUUCGAGGAGGGACUGAGCACUCUGGGAAUGGUAUCUGGAUUGUUUGGAGCAGUUUGGUCCGCAGGGAUGUUCUUCGGGCCCACCAUGGGCGGCUUCCUCACGCAGCGUCUGAGCUUCGAGUGGGGCGCCGCCAUCCAAGGAGGUUUGGCAUUCUUUGGUGCUUUCCUGCUGGCGCUGUAUUACGCUUCACAUCCAGCGGAGCCACCAAGGGUUCCAGAAGAGAGGAGACCAAGUGAAACUCUUCCUCUCCUGAAUGACUGAGACUGUCGAGAAGGAAGUCACAUGACAGGAAACCUCAUAGCAACACACUACAUUCACGUUUCAUACGCUUGCUUCAGUAAGCAAUGUUUCUUUUUACUUUUACGACGGGUAUAUCGUGCAGUCACAAUUAUAUGCAGUAGGGAUGCUCCGAUCAGGGUUUUAUGUUGCUGAUUCCGAUACCCAUCAUCCAUGACUGACAUCAGCCAAUACCGAUCACAUGGAUUAUUCUACAUUUUUUUUGCCCCCGGCAAAUGGGUCAUGAUUAUAAAAUGAAUUAUUGGGUGGAUGUUUUUUUGCCUUUAUUUUGACACAAAGCUGAAUUUAAUUUGAUGCAUGUUUUGGAGUACGGUGUUCCCACGUUUAGGUUCCCGAAAUAGGCCCCAAUAAGUCAAAUCCGCCAAGUAGCCAACUAUAAUUUUUGAACAAUUAUGUUUUUUAAGGCUGUAAAACCCCUCACUAUACACUUGUCAGGCAGGCAUUAACAUUCUCACAUUGUAAACACUGUCAAAGUUAACUUUCAUUUGCAUUUUAAUGAUCAAGCUACUAGCUUGUACACAAAUUAAGUGCCUCACGUGUACUUCACUCCUCUGACCGUGCCUCUUCGUUCUCGCUGUGGCGUUUUUGUAUCCGUGUUUUAAUCCUCCUCCUGGUCCUCCAUGAACACAAGAUCGAUUUACAGUAAUCCGUAAUGGCCGACAGCCGCAAAACUUUCAGCAUGACCAGAAGUCCAACUUUUUGCUGUGAUGGUUGGCUUCCUCUGCCUUUUGGGUGCACAACGUUUCAGCGACACUGUGGGAAAACUAUACAGUGUUCAGUCACAUGCGGUUAACUACAAUUGUUUACAGUGUUGGUGGUUAGCAAACAGCUCACACGGUUAGCUAGUUUGAGAGCCACGACCACAACAAGAGACGGCACGAAGGAGGUUGAUUGACAGUGGUCGACAGCCAAUCAGGAUGCAGAAGACAAUAGGCAGUGCAGACAGAAGAGAGAGAAUAGAGACAGACACCGCCGCCUUGUGCUAAACACUCCACUUCCCACAAUGCAGCUGUUCUUAAAGGGCCGGGCUCUGCCUGUAACAGCAUUCAUACGCUGUAAAAAAACAAACAAAAAAAAAUCAGUGAAACAGCGAGCUUGCAAAAGGUGAAUCGCGAUAGAGCGAGGGAACACUAACACAAAUAUUUGGGAAAUAAGUUGUUCAAUUAUAAGCUUCAACUUCACCUUCAAAAUGAACUGUCCAGCUAGGAGACCCCCGUGAUAGUAUCAUCAUCAUCAUGCUUUAUGUUCAUUACACAACCACACGCAAGUAGUGCUUGGCGGACAAGACAAUCAGUAUGACAAGAACAAAAUUGUUGAGUGACACUUGAAAAAGUCAGUAUGCGCCCCAUGAACAUGAUAUCCACUUCCCCCGUGGGACAAAAAUGAGCUCCAAACUAACUGCAUUGCUUGUUCAAAAAAACCGUCACUGUGGUAAAAAGUCCCAUUUGGAGUCAGACGACCAGCAGCUAGGUGGAUAUCUCCAGUUAGCUAGCUAGCGCUACAGCCAGUGACAGCAAGGCAAAGUUUGUCAACAAAGAUGCAGAAAUAGUCAAACUGAGAUAGGUUUGAUAUGGGAGUGAUUUUAUUUCUCUGUGAUCGGCUUUCAAGGGCGUUUAUCGGAUGCACCGAUCACGAGAAAUUGACCGGUGGCCGAUCAGUCGGAGCAUCACUAUUAUGCAGCAUUUCUUUUUUAGCAUUAUUUGAAUAAAUCUUGUAAAUAUGUAAAUGUUGAACAGCCUACUGCAUGUCUGUGCCACCCGCUGAUGUACUUUGUAACCGAGAUACAGCAUAUAAAAGAUGACGUGAUGGAUAAGAAUGUAAAAAAAAAAUAAUAUAAAAAUUAACUGCCUCAAACUGUUAAUGGACUUGUGACAAGAAUUGUCAAUGCACAAUGUAAGAAAACAACCAAAAGAACAAAAUAAGAAAUCCAGUCCCGCAUAAUGAAUAAACAACCUCCAUUUAGAUGUUUAAUUACAAAAAUAAACACCUGCAAGGAUUGUCAUCUUUCCAUAAAAACCUGAUAGAAAGUGGCCAAUCAUGCAUCGAGCUGCAAAGCAGCGCCGGCUCGUCUGCUUGGUCUCUUCGGUAGAGGACGACGAACUGGUCGGAGUCGCCUGCCGUCCGUCUCCGCCACGUCUGGGUCGGAAAGGGUGGCCUCAGACGACGGCUUUUUCACCUUUCUUUUCUUUUUAAGCCUGUGUAAAAAGACGUACCGUGUAUUAUUUUGAUAUGUUCAACAAACACUUAACAUUGCUUGCGUACACCUGCAUGCCUUCUGCCUUCGCAAAAAUGACAAAGCUCAUUUUCACUCAUUCACUUAACAAUAGUAAUUGUGGAUGGAGAGUUUCACGUUUCUUACUUGGCUUCUGUCGCCUCCGGCUCGGUGUCGGAAAGGGUGGGCUCCGAGAGAAAUCGAAGUUCCCCAGAAGCAGUUAUUGCGGCGGAAAUCUUGGAAGUGCAGAGGGGAAGAAAAUGCUUUAAAAAUGACUUUGGCUUGUUUGACUUCCAUCGACGGACAAUUAGGCUAGGGGUGUCAGUUAGCCAUAGUUGACUUUAUGUGGUAAUAUAACAACAUUACUUUAAAGGCUACCGUAUUAGUCAACAAAUUUAAAAAGGUCUCAAAGGUGCCGCAGUCUUGUAUUGGAAGUGUUUUUAGUAAGCCCUACUGGGACCACGCUCUUAUGCUAAUGAACUAUUUAAAUGGAAUAUUUUCAUCGUUAGACAACAGAAAACCUGUUUACAGCCUUCUAAAUAAGUUUUUUAACAUUAGAGCCCUCUACAUAUGAAAUGAUUGUAUUAUCAUUGAAAUUAUAUACAUAUUACUCAAUAUAGUAGAUAUAAUAGGAGUAAAUAAGCCCUUUAAGACAGACUCAUGCUCCUGUGUGUGGCUAGAAAUCUGUCCCCAUUGGAAGCAGGCAGACAGGAAGUGACAUCUGGGGUUUGGAGUUGAGUUUUAGGUUGGCGUGGGUUAUGACCGCAACAAUGGCCAGUGUUUUUAUUUUUAUUAGGGUUUAUUGUGCCUGUUGUGAGAUCAUCCAAAGCUGCAAUAAAAGCCUGUUGUUCCAUCCA